AUGUCUGAGCGCAAAUAUCUCAGUGGAAGCCAAAAGAGGAAGCUUAAGCUUCAACAUGAACAGGAACUAGCAAAAUGUCGAAAAGUCACAAGUUUUUUUACACCUCAACGUUCUACUUCCACUUCAAACAACUCAACUGGUGAAAAUGAAGUUAUUUUGAAAAGUGUGAAAAAUUCUGCUGGAACUUUAUGCAACAACUACGCUACCACCGUCACCGAUACAGUUGAUGAAAACAUGAUUAAAGAUGAGGCUAAACAAAUCGAUCACAAAAAGGCGCUGUUAACCUGGUUAUCCCGCAAAGAAAACAAAAACGUUGUUGACAGGCAUCUUCAGGAAAAAAUAAAAAAUGAGUGUGAAUAUUAUUACAAUGUCCUGAUGCGCGUUGUGGCAGUUAUUAAAUUUUUAAGUGAAAGAGGAUUGCCAUUUAGAGGACAUGAUGAAAAAUGGGGUUCAUCACAUAAUGGAAAUUUUAUGGGACUUAUGGAACUUAUUGCGGAAUUUGAUCCUUUUUUGAAACAACAUAUAGUGAAAUGCCAAACCGAACAACUAGUUGCAAAUCUGUUGGAUUACUGCACGAAAUUUCUCGCCAUAGGUGAUACCAUUAUGCUGAGAUUCGGACCUGAAAUUUGUCCCAUCCGCAAAGGUAUUCUCACUAAAGACUACAAUCUAAUCGAAUUCAUCCUAAACAACAGGAAGCUUAUCCAAAAAUCAGAAAAUUACACAUUUUUAAGAAAGUGGCUCGGAAACGGAUUAUUGAUAAGCGAUGGUGACUACUGGAAAAGACACAGAAAAAUUUUAACACCAGCUUUCCAUUUCGAAAUCCUGAAAAAAUUCGUUGAAGUUUUCGAAUCUGCAGGAGACGUUCUUAUUCAAAAACUACACGAAUACGAUGAAUCCACUAGCGUCGAUUUAGAUACUUUAAUCACGUUGUACACCCUUGAUGUUAUUUGUGAAACCGCUAUGGGUACAAAAAUAAGUGCUCAAAGUGGUCAUAACAACGCUUAUGUUGAAAGCGUAAGAAAUAUGUGUAAAACUGUCACUGAGAGAGCUUUUUCGCUACUCAAAAUCUUCGAUAAACUCUAUUGGUUGACAAGAGACUACUACAAACAACAAAAGGCGCUAAAAAUUUUACACGGUUUUACUUUGAAAGUGAUAAAUUCUAGAAAAAACAGACGUGUCAAAAAUGAUGAGAAAAGGACAGCUUUUUUGGACCUACUCUUAAAGUUUUCUGAAAAAGAGGAUGUGCUCAGUGUCUCUGAACUUCGUGAAGAAGUCGAUACUUUUAUGUUUGAGGGUCAUGAUACCACAGCGUCUGGAAUUUGUUUUGCGUUGUAUUGCUUAGCCGAUCAUCCUGAAGUCCAGGAAAAAGUUUUUCAAGAGCAGAAAGAAAUAUUCGGAGACCGGAAGAAUCCCGUAACGACGUAUUCCGAUUUACAACAGAUGAAAUAUUUGGAGUGCGUUCUGAAAGAAACUCUUCGUUUGUAUCCUUCAGUUCCUGUUAUUGGAAGGUAUACUACAGAGGAAAUACAUUUUGAUGGUUAUGUGAUUCCCAAAAAUACUAAUAUUGCUAUUUUUAUUUACGGUUUACAUAGGAACCCGGAUUAUUUUCCCGAACCUGAAAUGUUUAAACCAGAAAGGUUCGAGAAUUUUAAUAAUGCAAUACCUUUUUCGCACAUUCCAUUUAGUGCUGGAUUUAGAAAUUGUAUCGGUCAAAAAUUUGCCAUGUUAGAGAUGAAAAGCGUCAUUUCGAAAAUAGUCAGGCAGUUCGAAAUUAAACCAACUACUCCAAGGCAUGAAGUGCAGUUGUCUCCAGAGACUGUUUUAAAAUCGAUCAAUGGUGUCAAGGUUACGCUUAAGGAAAGGAAUUAG